GGGCAAUUCAGAUCUCCUGCAGUUCCAUCCCGCUGGUGUCCACAGAAUAGCCUCGACUCGAUCCAGUUUCUGCAAAACUCAGUACUGUGGUUGCUCAACACCUGACUUGCCUUUCUUCCGAACUGUGCGGGGCUUUACCUCCUUUCUCGCCGGACCGUGGCUCCUCGUCACGACGAACGAGACAAAGAGAGCUGAUAACGGUCUUCAUUUGGACUGACAUUUAUUGCAGUAGAAUACUGCAUCAAGGGUAGACAAACUAUCUAAGAUGUUGCUCCGCAUCUUGAUGGCCCUAACUCAAGGCUACAAGAUGGAGACAUCACACGACCUAUAUACGAAUGGACCAAGAAAGCAGAAGCAAGGGCUCAAAGUCGAGGUCUUACACAGAGAAUCUAAAGUCGUCGUCGAGAUCUCUUCGAACAGUAUUGGAAUUCGCAACCACUUUUGUCCAUGACAGUUCGAUUAGAUUCGGAACACCCCACCAACGAUCGAUGUCUCAAAUUCAUAUUUCAGACGUCCCGCCCUUCAAGCAUUGUCUUGAAUACUGUCGAAAUGCAGUUGUGAUAUCGGCGAGCAAGUCUCAAUUUGGAUGGAGAAUAGAGAAAGAUUGGGGACAUUCUUUGCUGUGUCGGUGGGUAAUGAAUGUAUACGAGAACAUCAGGAACGAAGCUGCCACACUAUACAGGACUUCAUCGAGGCAGAGACUCUCUCCGUCCCCACGGCACGGAAUGUAUGCCCCAACGCAGACUACUCAUCUCAACUUUGAAGAAUUUGCGACAAUGUCUCGGACUGAGGUCAACUCGUUUGUUGAGAACGGGAUGCGGCAGCGGCAACAAUAGUACAGAGUAUAGGCUGCGAAGCAAGAAGAUUGGAAAGAGGUAGACUUUCAGGGAAGAUGAGACAGGUGUAGGUUUGAGCAUCAUGAUCUUCCUGCUUUUCGAUGGUAUCGAAGAUGGUAUGACAUGAUGCACUGUUAGGGGGAGCU